GUGCCGCGACUGCCGAGCUGCUCGCGCACAACCGCGAGGUCCUGGAAGCAGCGCGAGCGAUGCGAGUGGAGGGUCGCGAGGAAACAGACUAAAUAGAAACAGCUCGAGUAUCGUCUUGUUUCAGCAGCAAGUGUGAAGAUUAAAAGGCAGAACAGCCAGCAUGUCGGUGCUCGCUCUGCAAGAGUACGAAUUUGAGCGACAGUUCAACGAGGACGAAGCCAUCCGAUGGAUGCAGGAGAACUGGAAGAAGUCCUUUCUCUUCUCUGCACUCUACGCUGCCUUUAUCCUCGGGGGGCGCCAUGUCAUGAAGCAGAGGGAGAAGUUUGAGCUGAGGAAACCGCUGGUGCUAUGGUCGCUCACGCUCGCUGUAUUUAGUAUAUUUGGUGCCAUCCGUACUGGGAGUUACAUGACCUACAUCCUCAUGACGAAAGGGCUGAAGCAGUCAGUUUGUGACCAGAGCUUUUACAACGGGCCGGUCAGCAAGUUCUGGGCGUACGCCUUUGUACUUAGUAAAGCACCAGAACUGGGUGACACUCUGUUCAUCGUCCUGAGGAAGCAGAAGCUCAUCUUCCUCCACUGGUACCACCACAUCACCGUGCUGCUCUACUCCUGGUACUCCUACAAAGACAUGGUGGCAGGUGGCGGCUGGUUCAUGACCAUGAACUACUUGGUCCACGCUGUCAUGUACUCUUACUACGCCCUGCGGGCGGCCGGCUUCCGGGUGUCCCGGAAGUUCGCCAUGUUCAUCACAAUUACCCAGAUCACCCAGAUGCUAAUGGGCUGUGUGGUCAACUACCUGGUGUACUCGUGGAUGCAGCAGGGCCAGGAGUGUCCAUCCCACAUGCAGAACAUUGUGUGGUCCUCCCUCAUGUACCUCAGCUACUUUGUGCUCUUUGUACAGUUCUUCAUUGAGGCCUACUUGAGCAAGAAAAAAUCCUCGGCCAUUGCUGCCGCCAAGAAGAGCGAGUAAACAAAUGCCAUAUGUUUGGGAAGAAGGGCGAUCAUGAAGGAAAAGGGAGUUGGAAAUGGAGAUUAGGGACCAGUGACUUGAGAAAGUCUGUUAGGGUUUGGGAAUUGUUGUCUUAAUGAAGGAUGGUCAAGGUGGUAUGAGGCUUGAAGAGUGAGGGUGGGGGUGGGAGGUUCAAAAAUGAUUGGCUGUGUUUGUGUUUGAGCAUCACUAUUAAUGUGCAGAUCUAAAACGCCUCGAGGGGAGGCCGCGUCUCCAUCGAGUGAUGCUGAGAAAGCAGCGCCGCCAUGAUCAGAAGCCAUCGCAAGUUGUCUGCCUGAAAUCUAAAAGCCCCUUUUUGAAUUCUCCAUAAUUUGUUUUUAAACUUUGAAUAUAACAAAAGGAAAAAAAUCGCCAGAUUAAAAAAAAAAAUACAACUGCAAAGACCAUAUGUUUACUGAUAUAAAAAAAGAAAAUUAAUCUGUACAUAUGAAGAUGGACGGAGUCAGCUUUUACUUAAGCCAUCUGAGUAUGUGUAUGUCCAUCUGUUGUAAGUGUUUGUCGUUUUGUUUUUGUUGGAGACACUGGUAAGUGUGUGAAGCUGCUGAGAGCUGGAGGUUGAACUGAUGGGGUGAACGGCACUGUUUCUUCUGUGUCUUACAUCGCAGAAAUGUGAUAUUUUCUCAGGUCUUAGGUUCUCUUUCGUAAUAUAAUAUGCAUAUCAAGACAAAGUAGACAUGUUUGACAUCAGAACUGGUUUACAGUAUGGCUUAAAUUGAUCCAGUAUGGCUGAUGGGAUGAAUGAAGCUGAUUGGACUGACUGACGCAGAUGAUCACAUUGCUCCUGGGCAGAAUGGGAAACAGAUGCUGACAGUGCCCGGCUUCACCACACCUCAUGACCUCGCAGAAGUUGGCGACCACAUUUGGAAAAUGACUUGCCAUUGAAUUCCAAACGUUUAUCUGUGUUUAAGGGCCCCUACCAGUGAACAAAAACGUGUCUGUUGGACACUGAAGGCAUACAAGGACCAACAUGUUUAUGUUUAGCGGGGGGGGGGGAUCAAACAAGCAAAUUAUUUUAAUCUGCUGUAUUGACUUUAAAAAAUAAUAUGUAUCUCUUAUGGUGUCUGUUGUGCUAUUGUGCAUUUGCACUGUAUCAAUGUCAAAAAGUUGUUGCUGAAAAACUUAACGUAUGAACAAAGAGUGCAAAAAAUGUGACAUGUGCCUGGGGUGUUUAUUUGUUGUCUCAGUUGCAACAUAUUUACAUUGCAAGUAAUCUUUUUUUUAAAUUUAAUUCUGAACCCUAAAAGUCAUUUUAGGGGAGGAUUCAUAAGCACUAAUACUUUGAAAGGUAAGAUGGUGAUUGUCAUCCAGUAUAUCUUUCCAGCUGUUUAAAAAGAAGACGGCAUGCUUGCAUUUAACGCAAACUUUUUGGGAUGUUUUGUAGCAGUAAUUACAAAAAGUGACGUUGAGUACCCGAUGGACACUCUUUAGUCUAUCAGGGAUGAUAUGUUUUGGUUACUCCUGAAUCUCUUAAAGUUAUUUGGGUCAAUGUUGGAUAAAAACAGCCUGUGACAGGAAUACACGUCAUGCGUGACUUGAGUAAUUAAGCCAACUGUCUUAACUAAUACCCAUGUCACCAUUGUUACUGGACCUGCAAUCAAAGAUGUACAUAUACAAUGUACCUGGUCGCCCCCUAGAGGCGCAAUUGAGUGAUCAACUGCAUAUGUGCAAAACAAUGUAUUAAAAAGAGAUCUUUGAAUUUGGCAAGGCACAUUUUUUUUUGUUUAAAAUUUAGGUUCCUUGUUCUCUUAAGGUAAUUAUUUUUCUAACAGAUUGUGAUUGAUUCGAUUUUCAAAGUAGAAAUAUGCAUAGCAAUCCCCUAAAUUACAAUCAAAGCUUGCCAAUAAAAAACAAAUUCUGUCUUUAACUCCAUGCCAUAAUGUGAAUAUUUUGACUUCAUAGUACCACAUAGUUAAAGACAGGAAUAUUGGCCAAAAACGGUAUCCCAUAAAGUUGUAUUUUAAGGAAAUAACAUCCUGUUUAAUGGCUAAAGCUAGUAGAAGAAAUAGUCUCCGGUGCUCAUCUAUGAAUUUUAAUUGAUUUUAGAAUAGCCCCUUUUCCUCUGUGAACUUUGUACACGUCACUUCAAACAUAAAAUGUUAGUUUGGGCAACCCA